UUCGCCAUCUUCAGCUGUUGCAAUGACUCCAAGUAUUCAAGCCCCACAACCUCGGUCAACCUUGUGCACUCACUAAUAUCUAAAGUAACGAUACUGUCCAAACCAGAUAAAUCUGGCAGCUCCUUAAUUGAACUGCAGCCCGACAUAAAUAGAUAUUCUAGCAAAUCCAACAUCUCAAGCCCCACAACCUCAGUCAAACCUGUGCACCUACUAAUCUCCAGUGAAUUCAGAAUCUUGAGGCGAGAUAAAUCUGGCAACUGGGCAAUGGAUGAGCAAUCCGCCAUGCUGAGUGAUGUCAACGACUCUGAACCCUCGAGUAUAGCAACCUCAGUCAACUGUGUGCACUCAUCAAUAAUCAAUUUCUCCAGAUUUUUAAGACCAGAUAGAUCCGGCAACUUCUUAAUUGACUUGCAGCCUGACAUAUCUAUCGAUUCUAAUGACUCCAAUUGCUCAAGUCCUCUAAUCUCCAUCAACUGUGUGCAUCCAGCAAUAUUUAAAACCUUCAGAUUCUUGAGACCAGAUAGAUCAGGCAAUUCCCUCAUCGACGUGCAAUCUGACAUACAUAGCAAUGUCAAGAAGUCCAAUCUCUCAAGCCCAUAUACAUUGGCCAACCCUUUGAACCCAAAAAGAAAUAACUUCUUGAUAUCCCGAAGACCAGACAGAUCAAGAAACUGUUCUCGAGACGAGAGAUGGUGACCAUCGGUCUCGAAAGGAUACAGGUAUAGCUCUCUCAGUCUACCUAACUUCCAGACAGAACGCAGCAGUGAUUCCGCUGGACAAUCAACAAUGUAUAGAGUCGACAAAGACAGCUCCCCUAGCUCUCCUAGGCCUUGAAUUUCAGAGAGGCUCCUGCAGGAAAUUAUCUCUAGUACCUCUAACUUGGUCAAAUUUGAUAUACUAGGCAGUUUCUCCAGUACAUCACAGCCUUCCACCUUGAGUGUCUUCAGAAGCAAUAGAUUUUCAAGGCCAUUGAGAUGAAUUAGAUUUGGAGCAUUGGAUAUCACCAAAGUUUCCAGCAUUUCCAUAUCUCCCAAACCCUGAAUCUCUCGUACCUGAAUCCUCAUCAAUUUUAGCUCCUUCAGAUUGUUCAGAUUAGC